CGUGCGUCUCCUUCCAGAGGACGGCUGGAUGCGUUCAGGGACCGAGCCCUCAGUCACUCAGUCAGUCAGUCAGCCCAUCAAUUAGCAGCCAAUUAGCCCCGAGCUGGAGUCCGGACAUCGGGCAUCGUUCAUCACAGCGAGAACUACGAGGUCUUUCACACUGUGUAGGCAUAAACUGGGUGCGAAGCGGUGGAGACAGAGGGAGAAAUGUCGGACAACGGCGGGUGCGACUUUGAAAUCGACGUGGAAAGUCUGGAGACGGAGAGCGACGACCUGGCGGACUCCUCCAGCCGCCCCGGCUCGGCUCCGCUCGGCCCCGGCGCCUCCGAGGACGACGGAGACGGGCUGAAGGACGACGGCGACAAGCCGGGCCCCAGCGGCUUGUGCUCGGGCGACCAGAGGAAGCUGAGCCGGACGCCGAAGUGCGCACGGUGCCGCAACCACGGCGUGGUGUCCUGCCUGAAGGGCCACAAGCGCUUCUGCCGCUGGAGGGACUGCCAGUGCGCAAACUGCCUGUUGGUGGUGGAGAGGCAGCGGGUGAUGGCGGCUCAGGUGGCCCUGAGGAGGCAGCAAGCCACGGAGGACAAGAAAGGAAUAUCUGGGAAACAGAUCCCCGCAGAGAGGAGGACGAUAUAUCAGCGGCACAUUCGACCGUCCACCAUGCUCGCCAAGAGCAUCCUCGAAGGAUACCGCCCGAUGCCGUCUGAUCCGUUCCUGGCAGCCAACACGUCUCUUCCACCGCCGCUGAGCGACCGCAUGAGGAAGAGGAGGGCCUUCGCCGACAAGGAGCUGGAAACCAUCAUGCUGGAGCGGGAGUACAAAGAGCGGGAGCUGAUGGAGAGCAACCAGGCGGCCUCGGGCCCGCUCCUCUUCCCCAACGGCAUGGUCCACCACGGCGCCGAGUACAACUCGUACAAGACGGCCUACUCACCGGCGGCGCCUCAGGUCGAGCCGCAGCCCAAGGAGAUGUGCAACUUCCUCGGCCCCAACUGCCUGGACCUGACCAUGCAGUACCCCGCCGGCUCGGCCAACGUCGAGCUCAUCUCGUCCAACGUCAGCGUGGCCACCACCUACCGCCACUACCCGCUGCAGCCGUCGCGGAGCGGCUUCAUGAUGUGGCCGCGCGGCGCCGCCGCCGCCAACCUGGGCGACGCUCUCCUCUACCAGCAGUGCCUGUUCAACGCCACGGCCGUGCAGAACAUGAAGCCGGGGGCCGUGUGGGAGCCCAAAGCGAUGCCCGCGGAGAGCCAGCCGCCGGAGCAGGAGGCCGCGGCCGCUCUCGCCGCCAAGCUGGAAGGAUCCCGAGCUGCCGCCGCCCUGCAGGACUCGCCCGACCCUCAGCGGGCCGACCCGAAGCCUCCCGGCGUCACCCAGGUGGGGCAGAGGGAGUGCUCGGCCUUCUCUCCGCCCAAAAGGAGCUUCGGACAAUCGUUCCUCGGCAACCCUCAGUCCCAAAACUCCAGCCAAGUCCUAAACAGGCUGAACAAGGACAACGCUAGGCUUUCCAUGAAACUGAACUCUUUUCACUCCCUCAUCCAGCACUCGCUGAGUGAAAAAAGCGGCGCCGGGUCCGGCUCAGAGCUCAGAGCGCCGUACUGCAAAGAGCUCAUAGAGGAGGCGGCCCGCAAGUUCAGGGAAGGAUCUGCCAAGGACAUACAGGCUGUGAAGCUUCACAAAGACAGGUACGCCAAAGACUUUCUGUCCAAACCCGUGGGGACCAAGAUGGCAUCCAGUGAGUCGCUGUCGUUUUCCGUGGAGGCCAUACUGAAACGACCCACGCCUGCCAUGAGUCGAGCAUUCCACUAAUUUCCAUUAAGUGCCUUUUUUUUUUUUAUUAUUAUUAUUAUUUUAUUCUUGCACUAUAAUAAUCAGGUUUGUCUCAGUAAGAGUUCAGCUCCACUUAUGGUUUUGGGCUCCAACAGAAACUUAAAAACACAGGCACUACGUCUGAAAAAUGGACCAGUCUGAAAUGAUUUCCUCUGUAAUAUUUAUGUACAGUAUAUUAUAUUUUACACGUGCAUGUUUUUAAUAACUUUAUUGUGUAGAGUAUUUAAACCGCCUCCCGAUGUUUUCCUCAUGUCAAUAAACUUUGUAAGACUUAAACUCUUUUCGUAAAAA